GACUUUAAAAUUCUCACAUUCUUCACACAAAAAAUGAAUUUACAAUGCGUCAAUCGGUUUCUUGCAUUCUUGAUCGUCAAUCUCUGUUUGUUCAUGGUUGCUGCAGCACCUAUUCAACAAGAUACUAUUCCAGGUAUUAUAAGCGUUUUGGAUGAUACUACAGUUAACCUGGGUUCAUGGCAAGCUUGCGGAGCUACUACGGAGGCGGGAAUCGGUGGUACUGCAUCUCUUCUAAGACCUAAUACCGUUAUUGGUAAUUGCAAGAAUGGAAAUAUACAUAUUACUUGA